AUGAACCAUGCAGCCCGAGUCAACCAAGCAGCGUGGACUUGCUUGGUCCGAGCAGCCGAGGAGAUUGAGCGAGGUAUCCUGAAGCCAGGGCAGUGGACAGAUGACACUUCCAUGGCGCUGUGUCUGGCUGACUCGCUCUGCGUAUGUGGCCAUCUGGAUGGGAGCGACCUUAGAAAAAGAUUUUGGUGCUGGCAUGCAGAGGCCAUGAAUACCCCCUGGCGACUUGAUCUGGAACGCAAGAAGCGCACCAGCUUCGGCUUGGGAUACAAUAUUGCCAAGAGCUUGAUCGCACUGCAUCCUGACGCUCCCAUUGAUCCAGAGUACGUGAAUCCUGGCAGUAGCGAGCCUGCCUGCAAGCAGAUCCCACGGCAGUCUGAUCAAACAUUCGAGAUGGAAGCAGUUGUCACAGGCGACUCUGGCAAUGGAGGGCUGAUGCGCUUAGCUCCCGUGCCUUGGAUGCAGGCUUGUGCUGUUACUCCCUUCGUUUCGCCGCUGCUUCUGAUGAACGUUUUCUUUUUGGUGGACUGUUCGAUUCUGGUUUUCGAGCUGUACAGUUCUAGGCUAAUCCAACAUGGCCCAUCCUCGGCCAGCUUGCGAGCACACCGGCCCUGCGUCAGAACUGUCAAAGCAUGUCAGAGCUGUGCAGCCCCGGUUGAACUCACGUGGAUACAGGUUGUGAUCUUCUACAAUCAGCCUGGGCAGAUAGAGGACUGGCAUCUCUGUACAGUACCUCGGGAAAGAGAGCACCUGAAGAGACCUCUGCCAUCCUCUGCCCAUAGCCGCAUCAAGCCAACACAAACGUGGGUCGUGCCGGGUGACAUUGGUGCUGACUUGCUCUGCGCAUGCUGCCCGCCCCAAGAGCAUUCGGUCUCGUUUGAAAAGGACGCCCUGGAUGCGGCAGCCAGAUCAAGCCUUGCAACGCAUCCAGGCACUUUAGCCACUGAGACGGCGCGCUACCUGGCGUUCCUGCUGCACAGCGCCAUCAACAGGGAGGACGAGCUGUCCGCAAGAGAGUUUUUCAUCCAGCAGAGUGCUGUGUAUGCAGCGCACCUGGAUAAGCGUUUGGAAGCAGAUCCUGAGUGUCAAGCGGACCUGCGUGAGAUCCAAGCCCUGGCUACUUCCAGCAAGGAUGGGGUGACGGAGAGAUGCUGGAACUGGCAAGAACCGACUUUGGAGCUCCUGCAAACAUUCAGGGCCCGAGGGGAGAAGUACAAUGGACACCCUGUCAGCCGAUGCUAUGCGGGCAGCUACUGCAUGGACGGCUUGGCCAUGGCCCUUCAUGCAGUCGCCAGCACUGAGAACUUCCAUCGAGCUGUGGAGAAAGCGGUGAACUUCCUUGGUGAUGCAGAUACAGUGGGUGCGAUUGCAGGCAGUGGAUUUGUGAGUAGGCCGUAA